AUGGACAGCCGAAACGUCGUCGUUUGCGACAACGGAACAGGGUAUGUGAAGUGUGGUUUUUCUGGGGAGAAUUUCCCCACAUCGGUUUUUCCUUGUGUAGUAGGAAGGCCGAUGCUCCGUUAUGAAGAAUCACUCACCGAACAGGAGCUUAAGGAUAUUGUUGUUGGCGAAAGCUGUGCAGACUUGAUGCAUCAGCUUGAUAUAUCUUAUCCUGUGAACAACGGCAUAGUGCAAAAUUGGGAUGAUAUGUGCCAUGUUUGGGAUCAUGCAUUUUACAAUGAAUUGAAGAUUAACCCUCCGGACUGUAAGAUUUUACUCACCGAUCCGCCGCUUAAUCCUUCCAAGAAUCGUGAAAAAAUGGUUGAGACGAUGUUUGAGAAGUACAAUUUUGCUGGAGUGUUUAUCCAAAUCCAAGCUGUUCUAACAUUAUAUGCUCAAGGUUUGUUGACUGGAUUAGUCAUUGAUGCGGGUGAUGGUGUCACUCACGUGGUUCCAGUUGUUGAUGGCUAUUCUUUCCCUCAUCUAACUAAACGAAUGAAUGUUGCUGGUCGACAUAUAACUUCUUAUCUAGUUGAUUUGCUUUCAAGGCGGGGGUAUGCAUUAAAUAGGACUGCUGAUUUUGAGACUGUUAGGGAAAUCAAAGAGAAGCUAUGCUAUAUAAGUUACGACUACAAGAGGGAAUACCAGUUGGGGCUUGAGACCACCAUCCUUGUUAAGAAUUAUACUCUUCCGGAUGGAAGGGUCAUUAAAGUAGGCACGGAAAGAUUCCAGGCUCCUGAGGCUCUUUUCACUCCGGAACUUAUAGAUGUAGAAGGCGAUGGAAUGGCUGACAUGGUUUUUCGCUGUAUCCAGGAGAUGGAUAUUGACAAUCGGAUGAUGCUAUAUCAACACAUAGUUUUAAGUGGAGGGAGCACCAUGUAUCCGGGAUUACCAAGCCGGUUGGAAAAAGAAAUACUUGAUCGUUAUCUUGAUGUUGUCCUGAAGGGGAACAGAGAUGGAUUGAAGAAAUUACGACUAAGAAUAGAGGAUCCACCGCGUAGGAAGCACAUGGUGUACCUUGGAGGUGCAGUCCUCGCAGGAAUAAUGAAGGAUGCACCAGAGUUUUGGAUUAACAGGGAAGAUUAUCUAGAAGAAGGACUUGCUUGCCUAAGCAAGUGUGGCCAGGCAUGA